AAACUGGCGGUUGGGAUGAAAGUCAUGGUGACUUUGAAUAUCGCCACAGACCUGGACAUCGCAAAUGGAGCACGAGGAGAGAUCAGAAGAAUCAUCCUACAUCCAGAAGAGCCAGAACACGGAGACGAACGUGUAGUGAGGUUACAACACCUACUGGCGUACAUAAUUGUCAAGCUCGAUAGGAUGAAGAUAUCGAGGCUUCAUGGACUG